CAUAUGUGAAAUACUGUCACACUUGGACGAAAUGGAGCGGACUCAGAUGCAGAAUUUGUUCUUUUAUUAACACAAAUGUUCAGAGUCAGGAACAAACUGAGAGCGCUCCGGAAGGAUGGAAUAACAGGCUAUGAAACAAAAUAAUACAAACGAGAAACAAGGGAGCCAGGCAAAAUGCACUGCAGUAAGUGACUACAACAAAGGAGUAGGCAUGAGGAACAAAAUGACAACAAAAUGUAGAAGAACACUAUGAACAAACUUAGUGUGGACAAUUAUCUGUGGCUAUGUAUGCUGGCUGUAGCGGCAACAAAGGGUGAAGACACUUUGGCACGAGACUAGGGAGUAACAAACAAUUUAAGCACAUGAGGAAUGGGGCACAGGUGGCAACAAUAGGUAAUCACAAUCAGAGACAGGUGAUACUGCUGCAGUAUCACGCAAGUCAUCAGCGCACCUGAAUAGGCCUGGGUCAUGUAUUCGGUUGUGAGUCAUUGUCUGGUGCCCUUUCAAACCAACGUUUGACCAUCUUCGCAGAAAUUUUGGUCACACUUGAGAGACUUUACAAACAAUCAUGGACGAAGAGCAGUGCUACUACAAUGAGACCAUUGCCUUCUUCUACAACCGCAGUGGCAAGUACCUUGCUACUGACUGGAACACGGUCAGUCGCUUAGUGAUGGGACUUGGCAUUACAGUCUGCAUCUUCAUCAUGCUCGCCAACCUCCUAGUGAUGAUUGCCAUCUAUGUCAACCGGAGAUUCCACUUCCCCAUCUACUACUUGAUGGCUAACUUGGCAGCUGCAGACUUUUUUGCUGGACUGGCGUACUUCUACUUGAUGUUCAACACUGGACCAAACACGAGGCGUCUGACUGUUUCAACAUGGCUACUCCGGCAAGGCUUGAUUGACACUAGCCUGACAGCCUCUGUGGCAAACCUCCUUGCCAUUGCAAUCGAACGCCACAUCACAGUGUUCCGCAUGCAGCUGCACACGCGCAUGAGCAACCGCCGGGUGGUGGUGGUGAUCGUCAUAAUCUGGACCAUGUCCAUAGUCAUGGGAGCCAUUCCAAGUGUGGGCUGGAAUUGUAUCUGUAGUAUCAAAUCGUGUUCCAACAUGGCACCACUUUAUAGUAACUCCUAUCUGGUCUUCUGGGCUGUCUUCAACCUGGUGACAUUUGUUGUCAUGGUGACGCUGUAUGCUCACAUCUUUGUCUAUGUUCGCCAAAGAACAAUGAGGAUGUCACGUCACAGCUCCGGACCACGGCGUAACAAAGACACAAUGAUGUCAUUACUGAAAACUGUUGCGAUUGUUUUGGGUGCAUUUAUCAUCUGUUGGACCCCGGGUCUUGUCAUCCUUCUUCUCGACGUCUUUUGCGCCAGCUGCAAUGUCCUCACCUAUGAGAAGUUCUUCCUACUUCUUGCCGAGUUCAACUCUGCCAUGAACCCCAUCAUCUACUCCUACCGAGAUAAGGAGAUGAGCGCAACCUUUAGGCAGAUUCUGUGCUGCCAGCGACAGGAGAACGUCAACGGGACGGCAGCGGAGGGGUCUGAUCGAUCAGCGUCGUCCAUCAACCACACAGUGCUCAGUGGCGGAAUGCAUCAUCACCACAACAACGAACACUCUGUGGUGUAAAGGGUGAAAGUGAAUGGUUGAGAGAUAAUUAACGGGACAAGAAGAAUCUAUAAGGUCAAGCGACUCUGAACAUAUGAAGACAUGGUCUCAUGUAAGAGAUUGCGGAAGGAAGACGCUUUAGUGUUGGAUCCCGGGAGAACACUAAUUAUGAAGGAUGAGGAACGAUUAGACAUCCUCAAUGACUCUAAAAUGCUGUCAGUAUUUUUGACAUUUUCAAUUUGUGUUACAAGUGUUUCCAUGGCCAAUGCUAAUACAAACUAUUCCUUAUGUGAAACUACAAUAACACCAUAAGAUACAGCCCCCUCUCCAGUUUACACUAUCUUAAUAUAAUUUAAUGGCAUUUGCGGAUCCUGCAUGCUCUGUGAAUGCGAAACCCCACCGCUACCACAUCUCUAAUCGGGAGUAGAAUCCACUGCCUUCUGAGCUAAAAUCCCUGGCUGACAGCUCAGCCACAAGCGUUCUUUGUAAACGUAACGGGGAGUCAGGUUAGCAAAAAUACUCUUGCACAGGUCAAGGUGGCAUCUGUUGCAACAAUAAUGUGUGAAGGCAGGACUUGAUGUUCAGAUGUUGUUUGUCGUUUACUGGUUAGUUAACAGGAUUACACAAAACAACCUGUCUACUACCACAUAUGUACAAUAGUAAGGCGGUCCACUACGAUUUUGUUAACAAUUUGGCUUUCACAAAGGUCUAUGGGUCACUGAGGUCAUUUUUAGUUUCAAAUCUGGUUUUGUCCAUUGUGAACAAGGGAGUUCCAUUACAUCAUCCAUACAUGUAAGGAAGCUAUAGCUCAGCGAAACAAUAACAAUAAUGAUGACUUCAUUGAUUAAAUGACUCACUUUUUGGAUCGUAACCAGACAAUUGUCUUAAUUUGAUGUCUUUCACCAAGUGGACCUAAAUUGACACACAAUUUGAAAUGAAUUGCUUAUCUUGUGCAACAAUAACAAAGUAAAAUGUUGAAUACUCAAAGUUGGUCAUAACAGGGUUCAUAGAGAAUGUAAAUGAUCUUAUGCUGAUUCUAAAGUUCAACUCUUCAUCUUUUGAUCCCCAAGUAGCAUCCAGAAAUAAUCUCAUAUUUCAUAGUUUCAGGCUGUCAUCCAAUUUCAAUACAUAAAGAAGUCAAAUAGCUGCAAGAAAUGCUAACAUGUUUAUUUCCCUUCUAAGGCAUUAAAGGCAACUUGUUUUGGAGAUCUUACCAAAGAAGGGGGAGGAGGAUGUUUGCAGUUUACCGCAUGCAGGCUCAGGCCCACUGUGUUAUGCUGAGAGAAGGUGAAGGCCAUCUUAUUAGUGUUGCGUGUUGGCAGACAGCCGAUCAUGGCAUGAAAUAUGAUGACCUCGGUGCUUUUUUGCAGUAUUAUCUUUUGUUUUUGUGUCCGUGAAUCCAUAAAAUCUCUGAGGUCACGUUAAUGCAAAAAAAAAAAAAAAAUUACCAGUAAAAGUCUCUUUCCGUCAGUGAGAUGAAUGUUUUGAUUCUGUUAGAAAAGAAUGAAGUGUUUUUUAUUUAAGGCCCUAAUUUUGAAUUUCACAAAAUCUACAUUCCUACAGCACGUCUCUUCUGUUGAAUUUUUGUUUUAAUGUAAUCCUUUUAUUUGGAGGAAAGGUCACUCAUAUGAGAUCACAGCUUGGCUUUAGAAAACACCAGCACUGAGCAGGGCUAACGUAUUUCUGACCUGAGGUUGAAUGUUAUCCACCAGUAUUGUCAAAGAAAAGUUUUGUGUACAUAGAUUCAUGAGCUAUGAAUUCUAAUAUAUUAAAUGGUUAUAGUGAUGGUAAAGUUGAUCUUUACUUUUUGAUUUUAAUUGUUUACUGCAGCAUUUCUAUAGUCGCUGACAAAACAUAAAUCAUGCAGGGAUUAAAAAGGCACAUUUCUGCCAGUACCAUUUCUACAAGUACAGUUCAGUGCAUUUAGCCUCAGUAUAACCCACUACUGCUUCCACAGAUCUGUGUAGGUCUGAUUGUUGUAGUUAUGUCCUGUAAAGGUAAUCAAAUAGUGUGAGAUCACAUAUCUUCUUUUUGUUUCUAUACCUUAGAUUAAUUCAAGAAUGCUAUUUUCUGUUGCUAAACUAAUACAGUGCUGGCCAAAAGUAUUGGCACCCCUGCAAUUCUGUCAAAUAAUGCUCAAUUUCUCCCUGAAAAUGAUUGCAAUUACAAAAAUGUUUUGGUAGUAAUAUCUUCAUUUAUUUUGCUUGGAAUGAAAAAACACAAAAGAAAAUCGCAAAAAAAAGAAUCAUUAUCAUUUUACACAAAACUCCAAAAAUGGGUCAGACAAAAGUAUUGGCACCCUUUGAAAAAUCACGUGAUGCUUCUCUCAUUUGUGUAAUUAACAGCACCUGUCAUUUACCUGUGGCACAUAACAGGUGGUGGCAAUAACUAAAUCACACUUGCAGCCAGCUAAAAUGGAUUAAAAUCGACUCAACCUCUGUCCUGUGUCCUUGUGUGUACCACAUUGAGCAGGGAGGAAAGAAAGAAGACCAAAGAACUGUCUGAGGACUUAAGAAGUAAAAUUGUGAGGAAGCUUGGGCAAUCUAAAGGCUACAAGUUCAUCUCCAAAGACCUGAAUGUUCCUGUGUCUACUGUGUGCAGUGUCAUCAAUAAGUGUAAAGGCCAUGACACUGUGGCUAACCUCCCUAGAUGUGGAUGGAAAAUAAAAAUUGACGAAAGAUUGUGCGGAUGAUGGAUAAAGAACCUCGACUAACAUCCAAACAAGUUCAAGCUGUUGAAUGAUCUCUGGUCAGAUGAGACAAAAGUAGAGCUAUUUGGAAAAAGGCAUCAACAUAGAGUUAACAGGAAAAAAAAAAAACAAGGCCUUCAAAGAAAAGAACAUGGUCCCCACAGUCAAACAUGGCGGAGGUUCCCUGAUGUUUGGGCUUGCUUUGCUGCAUCUGGCACUGGACUGCUUGACCGUGUGCAUGGCAUUAUGAAGUCUGAAGACUACUAACAAAUUUUUCAGCAUAAUGUAGGGCCCAGUGUGAGAAAGCUGGGUUUCCCUUAGAGGUCAUGGGUCAAUGCAGCAGGACAAUGACCCAAAACACACUUCAAAAAGCACUAGAAAAUGGUUUGAGAGAAAGCACUGGAGACUUCUAAAGUGGCCAGCAAUGAGUCCAGACCUGAAUCCCAUAGAACACCUGUGGAGAGAUCUGAAAAUGGCAGUUUGGUGAAAGCACCCUUCAAAUCUCGGAGACCUGGAGAAGAAUAGUCCAAAAUUCCAGCAGAGCAUUGUAAGAAACUCAUCGAUGGAUACCGGAAGCGGUUGUUCGCAUUUAUUUUGUCUAAAGGUUGUGCUACCAAGUAUUAUGCUGAGGGUGCCAAUACUAUUGUCCGGCCCAUUUUAUGGAGUUAUGUGUAAAAUGAUCAUGAUUUUUUUUUUUAUUAUUGUCUUUUGUGUUUUUUCAUUGCAAGCAAAAUAAAUGAAGAUAUUACUACCAAAGCAUUUGAAUUGCAAGAGAAAUUGAGCAUUAUCUGAAAGAAUUGCAGGGGCGCCAACACUUUUGGCCAGCACUGUAGCAGAGUACAUCACCAUUUAUUAAACAGAGCGAAAUGUAUCACUGUGACUGGUGCUUGAAUGAGUACAAACAGGAUAGAUAAUUUGGGUGGGGUAUUUAAAAGUAUUUACCAUGAAAAUACAGCAGGAUGCAGAAUGUACCAAACUAAAUUGUAGAGGUUGAUGUAAACCUGACUUCAGUGUUCACAGUAUAAUGUACAUAUUUGCAAGUUGUAGGAAAAUUUAACAAUCAUUAAGUUCCUAUAUGAUUAUUUGCUGCAUGGUUCCCUGAACUGUACCUGCAUUGUGCAUAUUUAUGCACAAUAUGAUAUACUUACAUUGUUCAUCAAGCAAACAAACAUGAUAUAUUUUUUAUAAUUUCGAAUGACCUACUAAAUUAUUGCCAGAGUUCGGUUUUGAAAUAACAGCGUUAUAUUUAGCUUUUACAAGGCCUCAGUAUUUUAUGCCAAAAUUUAUAUAAAAGUAAAUGUGGAAACUUGCCUUCCUGUUGUUUUGUCCUCAUUUAAUUUUAAACACAAAAGCACUUAAGGUAUUGUUUCAAAUAGAGUAAAUCGUUAAAAGGGUGCCACUGACUAAAACCUUCUUAGGAGAGAAACCUUGUCUAUUUUUUAUUCCAAGGUCAAUGAUACAUUUUUAGUUGCUUGCCUUUUCAAAUGUUUUCAAAUAAAUUCAUUCAUGCCGUUUGUUUGAAGUUUCAACUAUAUUAUGUAACUACAUCCAUAGAUAAGUAGUAAAUGAAGGUUUUUGCUGUGUGUAUUUGGAUUAAUGUUGCUCAGAAGGAAUACUGUUAGAAUCCUAUUCGUGCCUCCAAAUCCGACUCAUUUUACGAUAUAGGCUGCUGUUUUUUUGUUUUUUUUUUACUGUUUCUUCUUUUUUGCUGUGCUGUGUAAGUUGUGUAAAAGCCUUUAUGGUCACUCACUGAUAUUGUAACUAUAGCAACAGAUAUCACCUUACCUUACUUAAAUGCUUAGUUUUUCCACCGUAUUACCUCGCUAAUUUAAAUUUCAUCGACUUUGUAAAAUAUUCCAUGGUUCCCUUAAAGUAAACAAAAUGCUUAUAUUAAUAUUUUCUCACAUACACAGAAACCCAAACUACCAUGUAUUGAAUUGAAGAGCCACUGAUCAUGCUUCUGUACAAUCUAAACCAGGGGUGUCCAAACUAUUCUACAUAGGGCCGCAGUGGGUGAUGGAUUUCAUUCCGACAAAAUAAGACUUGUUUUAGCAGAAACUUCAUUGGUUAAACUGUCUGUGCUCGAUUGGUAGGAACUAAAACCAGGACCCACAGCGGCCCUUGAGGACUUGUUUGGACACCCUUGAAUUCUAAACCUUUGUUUCAGCAGCUUGCCACUUAUUAUAAGACUUAUCCUGAUGACUUUUACUUGAGUUGAUCCGAAUUAUGCUCGUCUGUACCUUACCCUCUGUAUUUGUUGUCCAUUUCAAAAGAAAAUAUAACAGAUAUACAAUAUAGUCAACCAACUAUAUGUAUUAGAGUUCGGUAAGUCAAUGUGUGUACUGUACAUAUUCACGAUGUACAGUGUGUGUGUAUAUAUUAUUCAAAAUUGAAUCAAAAAGGGAACUGACUUUUACAUGUACAUUUUAACUACUAUAUCCUGUCUACUGUAGGGGUUUUGUGCCUUGAGCUCUUUUGUAAUUAAGUUUUCAUAGACAUUGUUGAAGUGACCAAUCUUCUCAAUUAUUCUGUCCUUUCCGCAAACUCCAUUAGAAUUGCUUUAGUACAACAACAGAUAAAGAACACUAAUAUUCUAGAGAACGAUAUUGCCUUCCUUACAAUUACUAAAGAUGAUGCCAAAUUUAUGUCUUGGAGAAGCACCAUUGUGACCAUGUUUGUUUACAUCUGGGUUACUGUUUACUAAACUGCACAUUUGGUCAUUGUAAGAAUGUACUGUACUUACUAUUCAAAAUGAUGAUGAAAUGAUUUUGAAGUCUGUUCAAAUAUCAAGUUAUGUCCCAAAAACUCUCAAUUUAUCAAUACAUAAUGGUAAUCAACAUGCAAAAUAAUAUUCCCAUGCAUACACUUCCCUGUAGGUUUUAAUAUAAGUGAAUGUCAUGUGGCGUUAUGCCAGCAAAAAAUAAAAUGGGAAAAGAAACGUGUUUUGUAUUUUUUU